GUUUUGUCGGAUAAUAAUGCCAGAUUUUCAAAUAGGCGAAAAGGUGGCUCUGGUUACAGGUGGAGCUACUGGUAUUGGUUUGGAAUAUGUAAGGUAUUUGUUACAACAUGGAUUAAAGGGUAUCACAAUUCUUGAUAUAAACGAAGAACAAGCUCUAAAGGCAAUUGAGGAACUGGGACCUAAUAAAGUACAUUUUAUCAAAACAGAUGUUACCAAAAAACAAGAGCUUAGAGAUGCUUUUAAAGAGAGCGUCCAGAAGUGGAAAGGAUUAGAUAUCGUUAUCAAUAAUGCCGGAAUUAUGAACGAUAGUAGUUGGGAAUUGCAAGUAGCUCUUAAUUGUAAUGCUGUAGUAGAGGGAUGCCUUCUAGCUUUUAAAUACAUGAGCAAACAUUAUGGAGGAAAUGGAGGUGUGGUAGUCAACGCCGGCUCCAUUUUAAGCCUGAGAGAAUUUUCUGGCUGUCCGAUUUAUACGGGUACCAAGCAUUUCAUUGUCGGGUUAACUAAAUCGUUUGGGACACCGUACUUUUUAAACUUAACCGGGGUCAGGUUUUUGACGAUGUGCCCCGGAGUUACGUACACUCCGCUAAUUUCGGAGGCCGGCAGAUUCGCUUUAACGGACUUUCCGAAAAUUGCAGAGAUUUUAGUUCAGGAUUUAGGUUCUUAUCCAGCACAACAACCAGAAGAUGUGGCCCAAGGAUUAAUUACCAUGAUAACCAAAGGCGAAAAUGGAAGUGUUUGGGUUUCUGAAGGUGGGGAACCAGUUUAUGAAGUUAUUUUGCCCGAUUUAAAAACAUGGCGAAAAAAAUAAAAACUGUUUUAAUAAAUUAUGUUUAUAAAAUAUCAAUAAAUCUGAUUGAUUUUGCCUUUUGACAAUCAAAGUGUUUAAAAAAUAAUUUGCAAUAUCAAAUAAUAUUUUAUUACCGUCUAUAUUGCAUGUUUGCAUGACUAAAUGUCGUAAAAUAU